AUGGAAGGAUCUCUCUUUUUCCUGUUCUUCCUCUUCCAUACGCUUUUCCUAGCUGAAUCCUCUGAAAUCUCGAUACAGGAAAGAAUGCUUCUUAAAGCCUUGGGACUGAAUGGAAAACCAAACCCUGUUAACCCCGGUCCUGUACCUAAAACAUUGUGGUCCAUUUUUAAAAAGGGAAUCCAAAAUGAUAAUCCUUGUAGAAUGGAAGGAUUUGAAGUGCCUGGUAAUAUUGUCAGGUCUUAUCGAAACCAAGGACCAUUAACAUCUAGUGGGGCACCGCAUCAGUCAUUGUGCUCACGGAAACAUCUUUUCUUUGACCUAUCGGCCGUAGAGAAGAAAGAGCAGAUAACUUUGGGGCAGCUGGAGAUUAAGUUUAAACGCAACACCUAUGAUGGGCAGCAGUUCCAGUUGCGUCUGUAUCGCAUAUUACAGAUGUCUUUGAAGGGAAUGCGACAACACAAAACCAAUCGAAAACUUCUUGUGGCCCAGUCUUUUCGUCUCCUUCAUAAAUCUCUCUACUUCAACUUAACCAAAGUGGCAGAAGAUUGGACCAACCCUGAGAAGAACAUGGGGUUGGUUCUGGAAAUAUUUCAAAAUGCUACCAGUACCAAAAGUUCAUCUACUCACUGUGAGCAAAUUAAUUCUUUCAUCCAUGCCUCUCUGUUUACAGUCUCCCUUGACCCAUCUGGUUGCAAAACCUCUCGAACCAAGAGGAGCUCUUCAUCUUCUUUGCCAUCUCCAGCCAACAUCUGCAAGAAGAGAAACUUCUACAUUGACUUCAAGGAUGUGGGAUGGCACAACUGGGUCAUUGCUCCUCGAGGAUAUAUGGCCAACUACUGCCAUGGAGAAUGCCCGUACCCUCUCACUGAGAUGCUGAAGGGUACCAAUCAUGCUGUGUUGCAGACUCUGGUGCACUCCACAGAGCCUGAAAUCACCCCACUCCCCAGCUGUGCUCCCACCAAGCUAUCUCCCAUCUCAAUGCUAUAUUAUGACAACAAUGACAAUGUUGUGCUAAGACACUAUGAGGACAUGGUAGUUGAUGAGUGUGGUUGCAGGUAACCAUGUACUGAACUGUCUUUUCUAUUUGCU